GCAUCAUGUCCAAGUCAGAAUUCCCCCCAGGGUACAGCGAGUUGCAUGGCCCACUGUACCCACCUCAGGGUGGGGGCUACCCAGCACCACCUCCAUACGGCUUCCCCUCCUACGUUGGUCCCCAGCUGGAUCAGCCUUCUGCCCCCUACCCAGCUGGUCCAAAUACCCCUCUGUACCCAGGCCAGCCAGCGGGGUAUCCUCCUGCACCUUACCCAGGACAGCCUCACCCUGCCGGGCCUCCAGGAGUCGUCUACCCACCACCUCCUCCCAUGCCUCCCAUCAUCCCACCCACCAUCCCAUCAGACGUGUUGAGCUCAGGGGACGAGUUUGCUGCACGAGGCAGCAACUGGGACGACCUGAGCAUUCGGCAUGCCUUCAUCAGGAAGGUCUACAUGAUUUUGGCAUCUCAGCUGCUUGUCACCACGGCCAUCGUGGCCAUUUUCACAUUUGCAGAACCUGUCAGAUUGUUUGUACAGAAAAACCCGGUGGUGUACUGGGUGUCAUAUGCCAUCUAUUUCAUCACCCACAUUGCGCUGGUUUGCUGUAAAGGCCCACGGAGGAAGUUCCCAUGGAACCUAAUUCUGCUUCUCAUUUUUACUCUGGCUCUGUCCUACAUGACUGGGACUAUAUCCAGUUAUUACAACACAAAAGCAGUCUUUUUGGCUCUUGGAAUCACGGCCGUCGUUUGCAUCGCAGUCACGGUCUUCUGCUUCCAGACAAAGGUGGACUUCACCAAGUGUCAGGGCCUUUUUUGCGUCCUUGGUAUUGUGAUCUUCGUGACAGGCAUCAUCACAGCCAUUGUACUCUCCUUCAGAUACAUUUACUGGCUCCACAUGCUUUACGCAGCUUUAGGAGCCAUAGUCUUCACUUUGUUCCUGGCAUACCACACACAGUUACUGAUCGGGAACAGGAAGCACUCCAUCAAUCCAGAGGAGUACGUGUUCGCUGCGCUCUCCAUCUACGUCGACAUCGUCCAGAUCUUCCUGUUCCUGCUGCAAAUUAUAGGAUCCAGCAAAUGAGGCGGCCGGGUCGGCUCCAAGCAGGAAAACUGUCCUUUGAAUCCAAAUUAGCAUCCUUUAUGUCACGAGGCGGCCCAGGGAACACGUCUGAGGGCUGAAUCUUUGCACUUGUAUAUAUUUAUACCGCAGUAUAAAGACAUAAAGAUGCUGUUUCUGUUCAGAUGAAGUGUCUGAUCUCUGCAGAGCUCGGUGAUACCAAAGAUCUGCUCUUCAUCACUUUAGUCUUUCUUACACAUCAUCCUUACUAAGACUGAAAAGAUAUUAGCUUCAUGGUUUACAGGGCUUCAUAAAGACUGCUUUCAGUGUUGUUAGGUUUGUUCCUGCUUGUUUUUACACUCAGAUUAUUUUUUUACUCAAAUCAGAGUUGUGGUGUUACUUAAAAAGUUUCAGCCAAAGUGGACCGGCUCA